CCCUAAUUUGGACUGUGGUGAUGUGUUAAAACCGUUGUGUGUACAAUCCAUUGAGCCAGGCCAGAAGACCAGAAGAUGAACUACAAUCCGAACGCGGGUAUGCGGAACCCCUCAGCUGCCGGUCGCCCAAGGCCACAGAAGCGCGUCAGCGACGUCAACGCCAUGGGUCCCUCGGCUCCGAUGAUGGGCGGUGGCGCCACCUUCAUGGCCCCACCUGCCGGCCCGGCAAUGUUGGAUCCCAAUUUGUACGGUGCACCUGCUCCGGCGCCCGUCAACAGCUACGGCUUCGACCCCAGUCUCGGCCAGCCGUCGCAGCACAUCCAGCAGCCACCGCAACAGCAACCGGGAUUCGGCUACGGUGCACCACAGCCUCCGCAACAGGCGUCUGCGAAUGCCCCGCCCACCUAUGGAAUGGGAGCACCGCAGCCUGGGGCCGGACCCCUGCCUGCGGGACAGUACCCACAGUUCGCCAUGUUCCAGCAGCCCAUUGUCCAGGACAUGGCCAUGCAGUACGGCCAGCGCCUGGCGGAUCAGGGCAAGCAGAUAAUGGAGAACCAGUUCGAGAAGUGGGUGCCGGUGGCUAAGCUCAAGUACUAUUUCGCUGUGGACAAUGCCUACGUGGGCAGAAAGCUGCGGCUGCUCUUCUUCCCCUAUAUCCACAAGGACUGGUCCCUGCGGUACGACCAGGAGCACCCAGUGCAGCCGCGAUACGAUGUCAACGCCCCGGAUCUCUAUCUGCCCACCAUGGGCUACAUCACAUACGUGAUCGUGGCGGGCCUACUGCUGGGCAUGCAGAAGCGUUUCUCGCCGGAGCAGCUCGGCAUCCAGGCCUCCAGCGCCAUGGCGUAUAGCAUUUUCGAACUGGUCAUCUACUCCAUAGCUCUGUACGUAAUGAAUGUGAAGACGACUAAAACCCUCGACUUGCUAGCCUUCACUGGCUAUAAGUACGUUAAUAUAGUGGUCUGUCUGAUGGUCAGCACGCUGUUCUUCAAAUCCGGAUAUUAUAUUGCACUGGCGUACACCAGUUUUUCCUUCGGCUUCUUUCUGCUCCGCACGCUGCGGACCAAGUUGCUGCAGGACAACUCACCGGCUGCACCCAGUGGCGCCAUCAACUACGAUCCCUAUGGCAAUCCCCAGCAAUUCGACUACAGCGGCGGCAAGAAGCGGAAGCUCUACUUCCUGUUCAUGGUAGUUGCGGGUCAAGCGCUGUUCGCCUUUUUACUCUCCAAGCACCUGUAUCUGCCGGAGGCGGAGGUUCCACUGGUGCCCAAAACCUUCUAAAUCGCCAGGCUUGAUAGGUUAAUUUGCGGACUCCUUGAGUAAAACCGGGGCCAGGAUCCCGUUCGAAUGUUGAGAGUUUCCGGAGCCGAGGCCAAGUCAUUUCCAGCAUGUAAAAUCCCCUCAGUAGUUUGUGGUUGGCGGUCAUCAGAGAUUCGCGCGAGAGAAGCAUAUUUUUGUUAGAAACAACACAUUUUAUAAAUAAAUACCAGCUAUGAGAAUUAAUUUUUUAUAUAA